UAUUAUUUACCCUGCUAUAACUUUAUUUGAAACUUAAUAGUUGAGUAUUUUUUUUUUUUUUCUCUCGGAUUCUUGGAUGUAGACUUUUGUUUUGAUGCAAAGUACAUAAACCACUAUUUUCCUAAUCGCACGUGUGAAUGCCCUUAUUUUAAGUCACGGUUAAGAGAAAAUGGAUAUCAAGGUUGGUUAAAUAUGGUUAAGAUGUCAGUCAUCAUUCAUGAAAGUAGGCUCUCAUAUGAAUAAAAUAUAGAAGCAAUUAGUCCUGUGGGGAAAUUAUGCUUUGAUAUGCAUUAAACACCUCUUGUAUACACUAUGUUAUUAUAUAUGUCCGCUUAUUAUAUUAUGCAAGUACUAAACAUGCAAAUCACUACUGAUUACACUUGGGAUAUGCUGCCCACGUUCUGCCUUUGUCAUGUCUCCUAUAUAUAUAUAUAUAUAUAUAGUUCAGUCCCUGAAUUUACCUUCAGUCUCUACCCUUAAACAUCAUGGCUAGAAACAAUGCCGAAAAAGCAAUUGAAAUCUACGAUGAGUUCGACAUCUUUACAACUGCUGAACAUUUCCAUGAGUUAAAGUUCAUGGCCAUUGAAGAGCCUGAACUGCCAUUCAGAAAGGAGAGUCCCCAAAAGGAGAAGCAGAUUUUCGUUGAUCCAAUAUCCUUGCAAGGUUCAUCGAGGAGAGAAUCUAGCUUCAAUUUUAUGUUGCCACCUAUUCUCACUCCUCCAGAUGGACCGCCCAUAAAACCACCGAUUAUAAGCUGCAGUCUACCCAACUCAGCAUGCUCAUCCCCUCGAUUCGGCUUCGGUAUGUUGAAGAAGAAAUGGAAGAAUGAAAGCCAGGCAUCUCCUCGUCAAAUUGACCAUCUGGCAUAUAGACAUUCUUCUCAUCUUACUCAGGAAGAAGAAAUUGAUCAUUUGAGGAAGAGCAGGUCUUGUGUAGAAGGAAGGUCAUCUGCAAAAGCAGAUGAACUUGAUCUUUGGUUUAGGAAACCAAACGUUAUCGACUUCGAUGCCAUAAAUCAUAGAAACUUCUCAAAAACUGAAGCUAAUAAAGCUGAUCAUGAUGAAGGAUUUAAAUGUGGUGCACUAUGCAUGUACCUGCCUGGCUUUGGGAAGGGAAAACCAGUAAGGUCAAAGAAGGAACAGGUAGAAAUAGAGGCGGGAAACAUAAUAUCAAGAACUGUUUCUCUAGAAAAAUUUGAAUGCGGUUCAUGGGCAUCUUCAGCUAUCACAAAUGACCAUGAAGAUGGAGAUUCUAUGAAUCUUUACUUUGAUCUACCACUCGAACUGAUACGAACUAGUGCGAACGAUGCAACUUCACCAGUUUCUGCUGCAUUUAUCUUCCACAAGGAUCGGAAAGGGGUCCUCAAGAACAAUUCAUCUAGAGCAACACCCAGAAAGUCUCAUGAAUCUUCCCGCCAUGUUCGGUUUUCAACCUCAUCUCCCUCGUCUCACCCUGCAUCGCCAGCUUCUUGCAUUACGCCUCGCCUGCGAAAGGCGAGGGAGGACUUCAAUGCCUUCUUGGAAGCACAGAGUGCAUGAACUCAUUUUUUUUCCUUCAACUUCCGAGCUAGGAAGGAUCAUGUAUUUCUGUUUCUUGCAAUUUUGCACACGCAUAUAUACACACAUUAAUUUUCUGCCUAUGAUUCAA